CUGCCCAACGCCUACCCAGUGCCUCGCAAGGUCCCUCACCUCCUCCUCGAAAUGACAGAGAAGGAGCUCACCAAAGGUGCCAAGCGGAUCUUAGAUGAAGCUGAGGAGAACACCUGUGGAUUCGCAUCUUUCUUCAUUCUCGACCAAGACGGCUAUGGCAAGAAGACGAAGGGCUCCUCUGUGGAGGUGCCUUGGCAUCUGAUGAGCACCGACGGUGACGAACUGCUGUUCGAGGCCGAGCUGCCGGCCAACCCUCUGUUCUUCCUUCAG